GAACCCUCUGGCUCCCUUACUAGGCGCAGCAGGGUUGGGAGAUCUCGCCCUGCGGGAGACGUGGGCUCGCCCGGCCCUUGGAACCCGGGGCGCGAUCGCGCGGGGACGCGGAGUAGCGGGCGCGCGCGGGGCGGGGCGGGGCGCGCCGCCGGCUCCUCCUCCGCGCCCGGCCUAGAGGCGGCGGCCCCCGCAACCACCGCGCAGGUUCCCGGAAGAGGAGGAGAAAGUGUGGCGCCGCAGGCUGCAUGGAGCCCAACGUGCGCUUCUGGAUCGCCGAACACCAAUCUUUUGUUCGAAGAUUUCUCCAGUGGACAGAAAUACUAGACCCUACAAAUCUGGUCAUUUCCGUUGAAAAGAUAGAAAAGUCAAGGCAGCUGCUGUUCACCAGUGACGAUGCCUCCAGGCCUGAUUCACGGGACCACAGGGUACGUGUUGUGUGCCUGGUGCCCGUUCACGGCGGGGCAUGGCCGUCCCCAGAGUUCUGCCUGCCACCGCCGAAGCCAGGUACAAGAAGCGUGGAAGCGGAGUCUCUCAACAGUGCAUCCCGACAGCAGCAAGCUGAUCCCUGUGCUCUUCCGGCCUGCGGCUUUCCUGCCUUUCAUGGCGCCCAUGGUGUUUUGGUCGAUGAUGCCAGCGAGAGGGCUGAAGUCCCUGAUUUUACCGCAGGUGUCCUUGUACGCCUACACCUCAGCCUUCAACAUCAUCAACGGAAACGCCAGUUACAGUCGCCAUCCAGUGGAGGGCCUUUUCCUCGGGACGGGAGCCUUUGCUUCUUCAGCCUUCUUCGGGUUAAUCCCUUAUUUGGCCCAAAUGAAGUACCCCCUGGAUAACCUUCUCAUCAAAAGAGCCUUGCCUAUCAUCUUUAUCGCCCAAGUGAGUGGAAUAAACGUGUUUGCAUCCCGAAGUUUUGAGCCCGUUCGAGGGAUUGAGGUCAUGGACAAGGAAGGCAAUGUCAUAGGCCUGUCCAGAAGAGCCGGGAGAAAGGCCGUUAGAGAAACAGCGCUAUCCAGGGCAGUGCUGUUUGGGACGUCGGCUCUUAUUCCCGAAGUCUUCACGUACUUUUUCAAACGGACCCAGUUCUUCCUGAAACACCCGCCAUCACUGUGGUCCAUGAAGCUGUCUUGUACCAUCCUGACCAUGGGGCUGAUGGCGCCGCUUUCUUUCAGCAUGUUUCCCCAGGUCGGCCGGAUCCAGUGCGCCAAGCUGGAGGAGGACAUCCGGUCGUCAACUGAAGAAACGGAAGUCUUCUAUCACAGGGGCGUGUAGGGGCGCUGGGCCUCGCCCGUCCAGCUGCCAGCAAACUCCUGGAGACCCCACAGGUGCCUGUGACAGGUGCUCGACCGUGCCAUGCUGAGACGGCGGCCUGGCCGGCUGUCUCUGGGGUUUUGAGGCUGCCAGAAGAGUGACAGGCAGGUGGCCUGACACCCUCCAGGGACGAAGGAAGAACUGGCCUGGGAAAAGUUACUGUGAAAUUCCUAAUAAACUUGUGCAAGUUGAGAAUUGGAAAAACAAGCGAAGGGCCCAGCGUGCGCAGGACACAGGCUCAUCCCCAGAGGGACGUGGUGAACCCCAGUGGGCGCCUCCGGCCCACACGCUCCUGCUUCCCCACUCAGCUACUUGAUUCUGGACAGCUCCGAAAAUCUUGUGCCACCUGCCCCCAGCUCCUCCUCUCUCCUCAUGGACAAAUAACCCUGGCUCCUCCCACCAUGAAAGCCAAGGCGAACGAGCAGUAGUGCCCUUGUACCCCAUCAGCAAACCCCCUGCACCCACAGCCAGCCUGUCCCCUGCAAGGUCAGCGCUCCCCCAGGCUCUGGGUCUUCUCUCUCCUCGGGGCCUUGCUCUGCCCUCCUGUCUGGUCCCAGCCUCCCUCACCGCCUCCUUCCCAGUGUCAUUUAAACCGCUGCAAUUAAAAAAAAAAAAAAAAAAAAAAACACACACACACUGAGAGGCAGCAAGUGAUGGCUCCAGUUCUCGGGUCCCUGCACCCACAUUGGAGACUUGAUGAAUUCCUGGCUCCCGGGUUUGCCUGGCUCAGCCCAUGCUGUUGUGGGCAUUUGGGGAGUGACCCAGCAGGUGAAAGAUCUUGCUCUGUCUCUGCCUUUCAAGUAAAAAUAAUAAUAAAAAGUAUUAAAUAAA